UCAUACAAUACACACCCAUUCUUUUUCUAACGGAUCAGAACGGAUCAUCAGCCCGCCGAAGGUGUCCGGUUCCAGGUGCCGUCCAACCUGACAGUGUGUGUGCGGAUGACGAUGUGGCUCUGCUUCCUCGUGAACUCCGUCCGACCCCCAUCAUCUCCUCCCUGAGCCGGACGACCGAGGAGCAACAAGCCAAGGCGCCGCUGCAGCUGCGCGCGCCGCACUCACGUCACGGGACGGCGCUGGAAAGAGCACGAAACGUCGCUUUUUAACACACACACACACGCGCGCGCGCGAACAUCGUGUGCCGGCGCAGAGAUGUCUCGCCUGUACAAGGAUGAUCAGGGCGACUGGCUGACGGUGUGUCUGAAGUACCUGCUGUUUGUUUUCAACUUCCUCUUCUGGGUGGGUGGAGCUGCGGUGAUGGCAGUGGGCAUCUGGACGCUGAUAGACAAGAGCGACUACCUGAGCCUGCUGGCUUCCAGCACCUUCGCUGCGUCGGCCUAUAUCCUCAUCCUGGCAGGGGGCCUGGUCAUGGUCACUGGCUUCCUGGGCUGCUGCGCUGUCAUCCGGGAGCAGAGGAGCUGUCUGUCCGUGUACUUCUCCUGCCUGCUGCUCAUCUUUCUGAUCGAGCUCGUGGCUGGGGUGCUGGCGUACGUCUAUUACCAGAAGCUCAGCGACGAGCUGAAACAGCACCUGAACCGGACCAUGACGGAGAACUACGCCCAGCCGGAGAAGGACUCCAUCACUCAGGCCGUUGACAGGCUCCAGCAGGACUUCAAGUGCUGCGGCAGCAACAGCUCCUCAGACUGGCUCCACAGUAUGUAUGUGUCCUCGCCGGAAUCGGGUGGUAGACUGGUCCCUGACAGCUGCUGCAAAACUAUCACGCACCGCUGUGGCCGGAGAGACCAUCCCUCCAACAUCUAUAAAGUUGAGGGAGGCUGCAUCACCAAACUGGAGCAAUUCCUUGCUGAUCACCUCCUCAUCGUUGGGGCCGUGGGAGUCGGAGUGGCCUGUCUGCAGCAGGCUGAGCACUUACGCACCGAGUGUCCUGAUGUACCUGUGCGACUGACCCCGCCCUCUCUGUGUCGCUCACCUUGUCCCUCUGCAGCUGGCCGGCGCCGUCCUCACCGCCUGCUUCAUCUAUCUGCUCUACAAAGAAGAGGAGGAGGACUUCUCGUACGUGUGAUUGGUUAUCCCGUGUCACUCAGCACGCCAGGGGCGGGACCAGGUCUCUGGAAUGAUUUUUUUAAAUUGUUGCCUGUACAGAAGAAUUAAACUGGAUCCACACAGAAGACCCCGGUGCCGCUACUCCCCUCGGGAUGACCCUUGACCCCUGGACGUCCAGUCAGUGGCUGUCCUGCAGCCCUGUGUUCCAACUCAGGCUAUGACUGAUUUUGCUCUCAUUGACCAUCAGUUCCUCUUGACCUUGCCUGUUUAUUUAUUAAGAUACUUCCCCUGAUCAAGUGAUCUUGACUCCACGAGCAGGUCGGGG